AUGGUUGAUACGAGCGGGAGGUACCACUCAUGGGAGAAGGAUCGUCUUAUUGCACGCAUAAGACAACUCGAGCACGAGCUGGAAAAGCGGAACGAUGCCUCUUCAUCCAAGCCCACCGGGGCCGGCUCCGGCUCCGGCACGGCGACGCCAGACACCGCCCCGCCCCCGGCGAAGAAGCGCAAGAAGGACGCCAAGAAGAUGGACGCUUCUCGGUACUCGACCCGCUUCAUCGCCCUCAAGCUCGCGUACUUGGGCAAGCGCUACGGCGGCUUCGAGUACGCCACGUCGGCGAGCCUGCCGACCAUCGAGGGCGAGCUGUGGAACGCGCUGACAAAGGCGUGCCUCAUCUUCCCCGAGGACCCGGACGUCGUCAACUUCGACUGCUGCGAGUACUCCAAGUGUGGGCGGACGGACCGUGGCGUCAGCGCCUUUGGCCAGGUCAUCGGGUUGAGGGUGCGGAGUAACAAGCCGCUGCCCAAGAAGCCGGAGGAGGAAGCCAUUGCCGAGGCGGAAGGGGACACGGCGAUGGAGGGGACCGCUGAGAAAGCCGAAGAGGACAAGAAGAAGCAGAAGCAGGAAAAGAAGCCCGCCAAGGAGUGGGACGACAUCAACGACGAGAUCCAGUACGUCAAGGUCCUCAACCGCCUCCUCCCCGACGACAUCCGCAUCAUCGCCUGGUGCCCGUCGCCGCCGCCGGACUUUUCUGCGCGCUUCUCCUGUGAGGAACGGCAGUACCGCUACUUCUUCACCCAGCCGGCCUUCACCCCCACGGCCGCGACCGUCGACGGCACGCCGGACGGCAUGAGGGAAGGGUACCUCGACAUCGACGCCAUGAACGAGGCGGCGCGGCGCUUCGUCGGCAACCACGACUUCCGCAACUUUUGCAAGGUCGACGGCAGCAAGCAGAUCACAAACUUUGAGCGGCGCAUGUUCGAGGCUGGCGUCGAGGAGGUCCGGGACGUCGGCUCGGCGCUGCCGUACCUGGGGCUCAGCGCCGCCGACGGCAGCAAGCUGCCCAAGGUGUACUCGUUCAACAUCCGCGGCACGGCGUUCCUGUGGCACCAGAUCCGGCACAUGGUGACGAUCCUCUUCCUCGUGGGCCAGCGCCUCGAGAAGCCGGAGAUCAUCACGCAGCUCCUCGACGUCGACAAGUCGCCCCGCAAGCCCAACUACGACCUCGCGCACGAGACGCCCCUCGUCCUCUGGAACUGCGUGUUCCCUGGCGACGGCGACAGCCGCACGCCGGCCGAGGCCGCCAACGCGCUGCGCUGGGUGUACGGCGAGGCCGACGUCGUCGAGAGCCUGUGGGCGCACUACCGCGACAAGAAGAUGGACGAGCUGCUGGCCAACCGGCUGCUGGACCUCGUCUCGGGCCAGGUGCAGGGCACCGAGGCCAAGGCCAAGGGGAAGCGGGUGUUCCAGGGGGGCCACGAGGGGAAGCUCGCGGGCGGCUACGUGCCCAUCGCCAAGAAGCAGCUGACGCCGACGCCGGAGGAGAUCAACAACCGGUGGGCGCAGCGCAAGGGGUUCAAGAACUCUGACGAGAUGAGGGAGUCCAAGAACUGGAGGAAGGUGAUCAAGGACGCCAAGCAGGCGGGUGCCGCCGCGGUAGGGGGUGGGGACGAAUAA